AUCUCAGAACCCCACUGGGCACUGCUGUGCUCUCUAAGCCAACCAUCCCCAUCUUGAUGAAAUGCUUCCUGGACGAUGGUGGCUGGAAGGACUGAACCGUCGUCGGAGCGAGUCCUCCCUGCGCUCCACAAGCUCUGUGAUGCUUCAGGCCCUGUAUAACUACCAGUACGAGGCUGAGGAUGGAAGACGGGUGACCAUCGUGGAGGGCGAGCUCUUCCAGCUUCUGCGCAAGACCAAUGUGGACUGGUGGCAGGUGCGGCGGCUCAGUCAGCCCAAGCAGAGGAGGCCCAUCUUUGUGCCUGCCACCUACGUAGCUGAACUGCCUCCUGGCACAAGGGUGGCCAGGCAGCCAAACGUUACCUCACAUCUUCGUAUUGGUAUGGAACAGGGUGAUGGCACAGUACGUUUGGAAAUGCUCUCCUGUUCUCUGGAGGACCUGUACAUGCCCCCUCAUCCUAAAAUGGGCCUGGUGUCCAGCCACAGCCUUAGUCUACCAGUCAUGGGAUCCUGUCCCAGGUCCGUUGGCAAGAGUCUCAGCAUAAGUGACUUAUCCCAAACAAUCAGUACAGAUGUGGGACAAGUGGGCGAGAGCCAGGGGCAAAGGUCUUCAGAAAAGAGGUUGGCAAAGGUAAGAAGUUUGGGACGGUCCGAGAGACACAACCCCUCACCCUCAGCAGACCCUGCCCUGGGUGAAACAUCGGGCAGGGAGGAAGACAGAGGGAACGGUGAGCCGCCUGGUAACCAGGGUCUGAGAAAGCUGAGCCACACCAAGUCCAUGGUACUGCCAGAGACACGGGGGCCCAAGGGAAGUCAUCGCCGGAACCUUUCCCAGCACAGCUAUGCGGCCUGGGUGGUGGAUUACCCCCCGCCAGGCACUGCCAAUGGCUCCACUUCCAACUUCCCUGAGCUGAUGCACAUGGUGGAGAAAGCCGGACAUCUGAACAAAACCAAGAUUGCUGAAGGAGGCCGGAAACUCAGAAAGAGCUGGACAUCCUCAUGGCUGGUGCUGGCUGGGAACAGCCUGAUGUUCUACAAGGACCCCAAAGUUGCAACUGAAUGGACUCCAGCAAGCAGCCGACCUGAAAGCAGCGUGGAUUUGCGUGGUGCUCGCAUCGAGUGGGCUAAGGACCUUUCCAGCAAGCGGAACGUUAUCCAUUUCCGCACGGUGACUGGCAAUGAAUAUCUCUUGCAAUCAGACAGUGAAGUUAUCAGCCAAGAUUGGUAUCAAGCUAUCAAAGGAGUUAUCCGUAGGCUGGACGAAGAGAAUCCCCUGGAUGAGCCUCUUCUGUAUUCCCUCUGCCGGACAGGCAGCGCAGACCUUGUGGACCUCAGCUAUGACGAGGAAGACGAAUUGGGAUGCCUAAAGAGUGAGACCUCGGCAGCACCUUCAAGUCCUGACAGAGUCUACAAAAAACGGGUCAAGAGCAAACUGAGACGGUUCAUUGCCAAGCGGCCAACACUGCGGAGUCUGCAAGAGAAAGGACUGAUUCGAGACCAGGUCUUCGGCUGCCGUCUGGAAGCCCUGUGCCAUCGGGAAGGGGGCACAGUGCCACGCUUUGUUCAACAGUGUGUGGAGGCUGUCGAGCAAAGAGGUCUAGAUGUGGAUGGUAUCUACAGAGUCAGUGGGAACCUGGCCAUUAUUCAGAAGCUAAGAUUCAUAGUUGAUCGUGAGCGAGCGGUGACAUCGGAUGGUCGCUAUGUUUUUCCAGAGCACCGGAGCCAAGAAGAUAAGUUGCGCCUUUCCGACCCUCAGUGGGAUGAUGUGCAUGUAAUAACUGGGGCCCUCAAGCUUUUCUUCCGGGAGCUGCCUGAACCUCUAAUACCAUACAGCCUUUUUGAUGAAUUCAUAGCUGCCGCCAAGUUGUCUGAUCCUGAGGAAAAAGUCUCCAAGCUGGCAGGGCUGGUCCAGAGCCUCCCCCAAGCCAACCGGGACACCCUCCAUUAUUUACUGGAGCAUCUCCGCAAAGUGAUGGAGCACUCGGAUGUCAAUCGGAUGACCACGCAGAACAUCGGCAUCGUCUUUGGGCCGACGCUGAUGCGACACGAAUGCGAUGUGGCCAGCCUGGUGGAGGGCAUGGUGUACCAGAACCAAGUGGUGGAGCUACUCCUAGCGGAGUUUCCUGGCAUCUUUGUGGCUUCAGGCACUGAAUGACCUUGCCAGCAACCUGCCUCUGUCCCUGACGAUUGUAUCCUAAAGGUACUCUGGAUCACAGAUCACUAUCAACCUGGAGCAAGCAUUGGCUUUACCAGGCUCUGUGCCAUUGCUACUGGUCCAGCUUAGCAUCAGUGACUCAUGCUAUGGGACAGGAGGAGGUGGCUUUAGGCUGUCGCAGGGCCAUCUUUCAGAAACUUCAGGCUGAGUCAAACUUGAAAGCUGAUAUCGCCGACAGAAGACUUUUGUCAGCACUCCCCAUCUCGAGCACUGUCUGUUUCAGCUUCCUCAAGUGCAGCUAAGGCAAAACACAGAAGGCAGAAUGGGAUCGGUCUAAGUCCCGUACAGUCCCUUAGGCACUAUGUCUAUUGCUGAGCAACACUGUGGAAACAGGAGCCUGUCCCUGGAACCCUAUUCACCCGACACCCUCCAUCAGCCUUGUCAGUAAGUUCCCCAGCUUCGAGCUCACAAGACACUUUGCCCAUAUCUACUUGAGGCUCGUUGUUGAUGGCUCAUCUACAUCAUGGGAACAAAAAGAGAGCCGAGUCGCUCCCUGUUCACAGUUUUUACUCCAGUGGUGACCAGGCAAGUUGCUAUUUAAAAGCCUGCUAUUCAUCAGGACAGCUCACCAAGCCCAGAGCUCAAAAGAGGGCAUAAGGCAGACUCCUCUCUCCUGGCCCAGGCUGGGAGUCAAGAAAGCCAUGAGCCUCAGGGAGUCGCUAGUGCCUCUUCUGUUAAAUCGCUCGGGCAUCUGGGAGGCCUCAGGUGAUUCAACUUUACAAUUCCUCAUCUCUCUCUCUACAAUUCUCAUCUCUCUCUCUCUCUCUGAUAUGCCAGGCUGCCUUGCUCUGGUUUUUAUACCAAUUUACAGGUUCCUGAUCGUGGCCCUGAAACCAUUCAGGAAACUGGGUGCCCAAUAGGUGGCCACCACUGAUACGAUGUGAAGGUACAUCCAUGCUAAAGAAGCUUUGAAACAGUU